UCUAUCUCUUUAAAUCCCAAUCUCUGGUAAAGCAGAGAUCACAGAGUCCCAGUGCAAGGUGGGAAAAUUUAGAAGUUAAGUCUUUGUAAAGCUGUAUGAUAGAAAAUAGCUAAAGCGUUGCAAUUUAUGAAUAUAUUGACGUCCCCCUUUUAGAACCGUGUUUGAAUAAUUUAGCAUUUGAAAUUGUUUACCAAAGAAAUGGUGAUGGAGAAGCCAAGUUCCCUGCUUGUAGGGCGGGAGUUUGUGAGGCAGUAUUACACCCUGUUAAACAAGGCACCAGACUUUCUGCACAGGUUUUAUGGCAGAAACUCCUCUUAUGUUCAUGGUGGAUUAGACACAAGUGGAAAACCAGUGGAAGCUGUGUGUGGUCAAGCUGAAAUCCAUAAGAAAGUAAUGUCCUUACAGUUCAGCGAAUGCCAUACCAAGAUCUGCCAUGUGGAUGCUCAUGCCACCUUGAAUGAUGGGGUUGUGGUGCAGGUGAUGGGUGAGCUUUCCAACAAUGGCCAGCCAAUGAGGAGGUUUAUGCAGACCUUUGUACUCGCUCCUGAAGGCUCGGUGGCAAAUAAAUUCUAUGUCCACAAUGAUAUCUUCCGUUAUGAAGAUGAGGUUUUUGGAGAUUCUGAAGCUGAGCUUGAUGACGAAUCUGAAGAGGAAGUGGAGGAAGAACAGGAAGAAAGACAGCCCUCCCCUGAACCUGCACAAGAGAGUCCUAGUAGCGCCUACUAUGAGUCACAUCCUGUAAUCAAUGGUUUAGAAGAGCCCCUGGAGGAACCAGAGCCCGAGCCUGAGCCAGAACCAGAACCAGAGCAAAAGAGCGAGGAGCUGCAGCCAGAGAUCGAAGAGAAGGUCCUUGAAGAGCUGGAGGAGAAGUCCCCCUCCCCAGUUCCUGUUGAGUCUGCAUCCAACACACAGGAACCACCGAAGGCUUUCUCCUGGGCCUCAGUGACCAGUAAAAACUUGCCUCCUAGUGGUACUGUCCCUUCCUCUGGAAUUCCACCCCAUGUUGUUAAAGCACCAGCCUCACAGACCAGAAUGGAGAACAAAUCAGAGGUACAGGGUCAGCCCCCCAGAGUCCGUGAUCAGCGUGCCAGAGAGAGACCAGGGUUUGUUCCCAGAGGGCCCAGGCCUGGACGAGGAGAGUCUGAGCCGAGUGACAUGGAGAACCGAAGAACAGUGCGCUAUCCAGAUAGCCACCAGCUCUUUGUUGGCAAUCUGCCUCAUGAUAUUGAUGAGAAUGAGCUCAAAGACUUUUUCAUGACAUUUGGCAAUGUGGUUGAACUGCGCAUCAACACCAAGGGAGUUAGUGGCAAGCUACCUAACUUUGGGUUUGUGGUUUUUGAUGACUCCGAUCCUGUACAGAGAAUCUUGGGUGCAAAGGUAGGGGGGCCCAUAAUGUUCCGUGGAGAGGUACGUCUAAAUGUGGAAGAAAAGAAAACGCGUGUGUUCAGGGAGAGGGACAUGCGAGGCAGUGAUGACCGCAGGGACAUGCGAGGCAGUGAUGACCGCAGGGACAUGCGGCGCAAUGACAGAGGCCCGGGGGGACCUCGCGGCAUCAUGGGAGGCGGCAUGAUGCGAGAUCGGGAUGGAAGAGGACCGCCACCCAGGGGAGGCAUGGCUCAGAAACCAGGGCUUGGCUCAGGAAGAGGAGCUGGCCAGGGAGAGAGCCGCUUUACAGCACUGCGCCGUUGAGAGCGCAACCUGCAGUUUGGAAGUAGUACCAUGUUCAUCUUUGCGUUCUUGUUAACGAAUUCCACAUAUAUAAUAUAUAUAUAUAUAUUUUUUUUUUGGGGGGGGCUUUGGAAUGUGACACAGCCUGUCAACCAUUUCUUUUGAUGUGAAAAACUGCAUUCGUUUACCAACUCUAAGAGCAUUAACAUUCUUGCCUGUGUUCAACAGGGUUAAAAAAACAAUUUAUAGUUCAAAGAUAAAAUUAAUCUGAAACAUGAAAGGGACUGAAAGACUUAAUUUCAAUAGUACAGCCCAUUUGGAGAAGAUAUUUAAAAAAAAACAAAAAAACAAAUGCUUCAAGUUAAAGGGGAGCUUGUCUUUUGAAUCCCUCUACUGCACAUUUUGUAUAAUCGUGAUCUGCCCAUUACUGUUGGAAACAAAUGGUGAAAACGUGCAAUUGGAAAACUUGCUUUUUUUUUUUUUUUUUGUUAAAACAAAAACUUGCAUUUAUGCACUCAUCAAUAUGCACUAAUGGGUACUCUUGUAGUUUUACAUAGAUAUCUGUGGAAUGAGGCUGGAGAACACCCUACAGUUAGAGCAAGUCAAAUUACACAAUGGCAGGUCUUAAAUCCUGCUUGUUGUGACGAAUACACUUUUUUUUUUUUACAUAUUUAACCCUAUCAUUGCUUCAAUUACAAUUGGAUAACAAAGUCUUUAUUUUCUUGUAAACUAAGAAUAAUCCUGGACUUCAAAGAAAGAAGGAAAAACAAAUACCAACCUGAACAGUAGGAGAGUUUGUGUUUUUUUUUUUUUUCUUAAAAACAAAAUUUACCCAAAUGCAGUAUCAGGAUUGGUCCUCCUCGCAGCCCUUCUACUGAAAGUACUGGACAAUGCAAAUAUACAGCAAAAAUCAUAGCUUACUGUAUGCUCUUGUUGUUUUUUUUGUAAUGUAAAAAAGCAUGAUGGUGCCUUCUGUUAAAUCAUUCCAGUCUCUAGCAACUGCAGUGCGAUGCUCUUGUGUCGAACGCCAAAAAUGCUGAAAAGUGGUUGCUCUGAAGUUUUGUAAAUAGAAGUUGCAGUAUCCUUGUAGGAGGAAGGGUAUAUAUAUAUAUAUAUAUAUAUAUAUAUAAUAUAUAUAUAUAUAUAUAUAUAUAUAUAUAAUCUGUUUUCUGAUCCAUUUGCAUCUGUUGAUCAGUUUAGGCAGAGUUAAAUGAAUGUUUACUAUGAUUUGUCUAAUUGGAUCCAAAGUCCAUUAAUUGGAUUUCUGCUUUGAAAGGCAACAUUGUGUUAAAGCAUCUAGCUCAGUAAAAGGUGCCUACAAGUUUAUAUUCAAUUUGUUUGGAUGUUUUAAUAUGUUAAAGUAUGAAGUUUUAUUUUUUAGGUUUCUUAAUUUUGUUUGUAGCAUCACAGCCUGGCAAGGAUACUGCACCUUUUAAUACAAGUAACAGUGGCUUUAAAUAGUUAUGAUUUUACUGAAAUACCUAAUUUAUGAUGUAUAUGGUUACCCAGUCCUCAGUGCAACAGUGUUAUAAAGCAGUUCUAGAGGUUUAUAAAUCAGCACUUCAGACCAAGUGGUUAGGCAGAGGGGGAAAAAAAGGCAGAGUGUAAAAGCGUUGAUGUUUUUGAAGCACUGAUACAGGGGUCAUUGUCUCUACAUUCAUGGAGUGACCCAGUAGAACAUAAGCCGAACAGUUCUAGGGUGAAUAAAUCAAAUGACAAAAAAAAGUUCUAGUCAAUCCUGUCACAGACUGAAUAUCAUCAUAGCACUUCAUGUUACGGACUGGAGUACUUAUUUCUGAUUCCAAGAGUGAAAGGUGCUGUGGAUUUUUUUUUUUUUUUUAAUCUCUGAACACUUCACUACUGGUAAAGAACUUUUUUUACUUUUUGCCAUCAUUUUUUAAAUGUUCAAAUGCUGUGGCAGCCCUUUUUGUAGUUCUUUGUACAGUUUUACAGAAGGUUAUGGCCUUUGUGGGGGGGCCCCCACCAUUUAUUUUUCCUUUCCCCAUUCAUGUUUUUCAUGCUGAUAUUCAGCAUGCUUAACUGCAUUAUCUGUCAUCCUAGUUUUGAGGCAACUGUCAAUUGAACAGAUUCUUCUAGUGGUCUGCCAAUAAGUAUGGAAGCAUCUUAAAGCGAGUCUUGGUAACGGAAGACCUGAAUAACCUGCAGCUCCUAGGGGAUGAAAAAAUGCACAAGUAAUUUGUUUACACACUGAACUGCAGCUGUUGUUUACCAACCGGUCUUGUGAAGUUUACAGGGAAGUCUACUCUUUUUUUUUUUUUUUUUUUUUUUUUUUUCUUUAAUAUGGGUCCUUUGUAAAUUAGUUUUGAGGUCUUCCUUGUUUUGAUGGUAGUCUUGCACUAUUUCCAACAUUUCUGGGACACGGACAUGACUUUGUUUUUUUCAUCACGUGAAUUAUUUUCUUUUAUAACUUCAUUACUGUUUUGGCCUAGAAGUAAACCUAAUUGAAGUUUCCAUCGGGCAAGGAAGGUUUUAAGGUGGGAGUCUGAAACUCACUCUCCCCCCCACCCCCCACCCCGAUAUUUGUUGGUUAGG